UACUUUUUCUCGAGUUGAAGGUCAUGUUUAUGUUUAGUCGGCGGUUUGUUUCUCCUUAUCAUUGUUUUCUCUUGGAAUUUGGACAUGGAAUAUAUUAUAUAUCUUAUGGAACAGACUCCGCACUUGGGGACCGGCGAAAAACGCAGGAUGACUGUCGGCAGAGCGCUCAACCAAGGCCGAGGUAAGGUUAAAAGAUUGAAAAUUUCGUAGGCCUUGCUAAAGAAAUUAAAUUCUCGACUGCGUGGUUUUUAAGUUACAAAGUUCUAGGAAUUCGCGAAACGACAAUGUAUAGUUUCCACCUUUUUGAAAUAAUCAAUUUUAUCAAACAGAAUAUGUUGACACAUUUUCAGGCCUAGGGUUUUAUGGUUAGGUGUCAAAGCUUUUUUACAUAUGAGUAAAUUGUACUUCGACUCUUCUCUUCUCUCCUCUUAUUUUUAUUUUUGAAUAUAGAAGUGUAUAACUCCGUAAGACCACUGUAUAUAGCUUUUGUGUUUUCAGAAAUGUUGUUGCCAAUUUGUGUGAUGCAUAAGUAAGCAGAAAUGAUAUGCAUCUUGUGAAUGAUUCAUGCGGCCUUAGGGUUAGGGACCUGUUCACAUGGAGGUAGGUGGGGUAACCCACCUGUCCGUAUAAUCUUCCAUUAAUUUUCAAUUUGAUCACGUUUACAUGGUAGGUUGGGUGACCCACUGUGGGUUACCUCACCUAUUUAGGGUCCCCCACCUCCAUGUAAACAGGCCCUUAGAGACAACGUCUGUUUAAAACCACACACAAAAUGUUCAGUGAGCAUUGUAUGAAAAUUUAAUUUAUUAUAGAACUCAACAAUAAGGCCAUGCACACUGUACAUGACAAAGAAAUGCACAAAAGGAAACAAGGAUUCUUGCAAGUGAAUAUGUUUUGGUUUCAGAGUUAUGCAUGACACACUAUGAUGCUCAUGACAUGUUAUUUCUAUAUGUCUAUCUUUGUUCUGUCCACACAUAUCCAGAUAUUUUUGAAGGCAGAGAUUAUUUUCUCCAUUUUUAAACAAAAUUUGAAUCAUUUUCACCUGUCCAUAUGAAAAUGCUAAACAAUGGAAGUACGACACCACCCUUUUCAGGGCAUGCAUAGUGCUAGUAGUAUAUGAUGGAUGAUAUUAUAAUAUUUCAUUCGAAAACCUGCAUUUUCGUCAGUCUACAUGUAAACGAGAAGCCAUCAUUUUCAAAAAUUACCACUCAGGGGACUUGCAUUGAAAACCCGUCUUUUGGUGCCCGAAAACACCAUUUACAUGUGGAUAAAAGGCUAAAACUGGUGAAAAAAUCUCUGUUUUCACAAAUAACCGGAUAAGUGGGACAGGGCCUUAGCUUCGGACAUCCAAAAGAAGAACACAACAAAAUCUAAACCACAAUAAUAAACUUUUUUUGCUAACCAUUAGGUCAUUCUUACUGUUUUGAUAAUAUUAUAAUAUUCAGCGUCUUAGGUGUUAACUCAAUACUCAGGGAUUUCCAGUGAGCUUGGAUAUCAUUUUAAAUGUCCAUCCUUUUUGUUAUAGAAAGUGUAAAAAGCUUAGUAGUGUGUCAAUACAAUGCCAACUUAACAAGACUGUAUCAUUAAAAAUUUUACUCUGAGGCCAAGUUCAUACAUCAAGCUUCCGCUGUGUCAAAGACAAUAAUAAUUUGUAAUUAUUGGGUUCAACACAAGCAUAACAGAAGACGACAGGAGAAUGACUUCAAGUCAGCUGUGAAUGAAACCAAAAAUAAUUACAUUUCUGAAAACUAAUAUCAAAAUUUAUGAAUUUAGUUUGACAUGGUAGAAGCACAAUGUUUGAAUCACUACCAUGCCAAAAACAUGUAGCAUGGCAGACCUUGUUGAACUUAAAUGCCUGCCGAACUAACUUAAAAAAGUGUGAUUCAAACAUUGUGCUUCUGGCAUGCUUUUGUCAAACCAAGUUCAGCAUGGCAGAAGCACAACGUAUGAACUGGGCCUGACAGACUCUCUGUUGCCAUUCCAUUGCACUGUGAAAACUGGGAUAAAUAUGACUUCUCUCUCUGAAUAAUAAUAAUUAUAUAUUACUGAUUUACUCUUUUUAUCUCGAAGUAUGAAAAGAGAUACAGGAGAAAUAUAUUUAAAUACUUUAAGUUUUUACUGUAUUGAUCUUGGUAUAAGAAAACAAGAAAUCAGUUCUCUCUUUUUAGGCUAACUUUUAAACGAAAUUGAAAUCUUGACAAACUAUAAGUUGUAACAAACCAUACAUAUACAACCAAAACAAUAAAAUAUAAUAGCUGCCUCUUCUGCCAAUAAGCCUACUUACAUAGCCAGCUCUAAAGCGUGUUUCCAAAAAAUAAUAUCCGUACUCUUCCAGCGACCCAAGGAUCAUCAGGGCUGUGCUCUAGCAGAGCCCACUAGUCCCUUGCACCCAACUUUUGUUCUCAGGUGACUAGGAAAUCUUAAUUUUUUCAUACAUGUACUAAUCAGAUGCUGGGCACUCUAGAUUUUACAGGUUCAGAGCACUGGGACCCCUUCAAUUUGCCUUAGAGUACAAUCCUUGCCAUUGUAAAUUACAUUGGGAGUGAGAUAAAAGUAUGAACCUAAACUGGCAUUUCCAGGCAGGUAGGCAUUUGAAACCAAUACUCAGUCCACGAGAAGAGUAGGAUAUUUUUGAAGCUACACAAUUAAUUUGGGGUGCUACCCCAGCUACACAUUGUGGGAUUUAAAGCAUUUGUUACCAUUAAAUUUGCUAUACAACAUUAAACCAAUUUAUAAGUUCUGAUGGUUCACAAAAACUGUCACCAUGUGAGCUACAUGUGCAUGUACUCUGUGUUCUCAAUUCUUUGCAGUUAAUAAUUGUACAUCACUGAACCAAGCAGUUUUCCUUCUUCUUCUUUGACUUCUGCUUUUUGGCUGCAUCAGUUGUCUUAACUAUUUGAGGCUGGGGCCUUUCAUAAAACCCAUCCUCGGUAUAAGCAAUUCUUGGGCGCCGCACAGGCUUUGAUUUGGUCUUAUCAACUGGGUUAGCAAAAGGAUCUUCCCAAGGUAACUGUGGUGAUUUUGGUUUGCUUUGAUGGCUCCCUCUCUUUUUAGGCUCCUUUGGUGUAGAGCUACUCCUAUUCAUUGUGUGUUCUCUUCUUGCUGGUAUGUAGGUGCCAGAAGAAGUUCUUCGGUGUGUACGGCGAGGAGGAGGUGGUAACACAUUUGGCCUCCAUGUCAGACUUUCCAAAGACCGUGAUAAUGGCCUGGAGUUUUCACCUUCACUAAAAUAGCAUUUUGAGUUAAUAAAAUCCUCAGUGUCUAUGUCAUAGUAUUUUAUUUGUCUGACUUUUGUACGAUGACCUGAAUUUCUAGAUGUUCUUGAACAGUAAUCUGAUGCAUAUCCUGAGGUGUGCUUAUCUUUCACCUUCUCAUGCUUCCGUGCCUUAUGCGAGUCUCUACUGACUGAUGACGCUUCUGUGCUGUAGUUGCUAUCUCUCUCUAUAGUUCCAUAGUUGCUAUCCUUUGUUGACUCAGAGUCUAUAGGAGUUGCUCUUAUAAAGUCGCAGUCAUUUAUACUUUCAUACAUUUGAGCUCUAUAUGCUCUUUCUACGUGGUCAACUGUUUGUCUACCCCUGGAAAUGUCCUGAAAAUUCUCUCCCCUGCAAAAUCGUUCAUUGUCAAGGUAAAAACCACCAUAAUUGCCUCCUUGGGCACUCACACUGUCAAACACAUCUGUUGAAUAUCCUGAAGAUUCAAUAGCACCGAACAUAGUUCGGGAGAAUCUCGCAUGAGAAAUUCCAACAGAAGCAUCAUCAAGACAUUGUCUUUGAAAAUUUCCAACCCUGUGAUGUGACAGAAUGCCUGAAUAUCGUUCCACACUGUCACCGUCAGUGCUUGGUUCAUAGGGAGCACUCAAUCUGCCUGAUGCAGAAGGAGUGCUUGAGGUUACACAGUCAGACUCUAGAGUUCCCAGGUCAGAUGUGCAUUCCUGAGAACUGUAAUAUUUUACCACAUCAACAUCAGGCUGCAGAUGGGAAAAAGGCUCAUGUUCUUGGUAGGUGACAGGCAUUCCACGACUACACUCUGGGGAACAAUAGAUCUCUCCAUUCUUUGGUAGGAACGGCUGUCCGAGAAGGGGUUUGCGGCACGUGUAACAACAGUAACAACUCUCUGUUGCAUGCCAGUGCUGUCCAUUGUGUUCCAUUUGACUUGCAUCAGGAUCAAUUGGCUCACCGCAAGCAUCGCAAAACUCUGCAUACAUUGACUUGAAACAGUGGCAACAAAAUGGAUUUCCUUCUUUCAUAAUAUAACGCAUGCCUCCAAGUGGACAGUCACAUUCAAAACAACAGAAAUGGUUCACAUGCCAGCAUCUGUCUUCUGCUUCUGUGCACUGUUCAGCAAAGAUGAUCUGGCGAAAUACAGCAAAAUCAAGGAAAGGUUAGCUCAAUUUAUAGCCUGCGUAGCUGGCUGUAUUAGUGGGAGUGCUGUAGUUUUUUGGCGGUGGAGCUGCGUAAAGAUUAGGAGCAAGUCAAAUUGAAAUCCUGCCUGCCCUAAUUCUUGGGUAUUUUGAAUAGUCCAACAACCAGGCAUAUGGGAGUUUCUGAUUGGCUGAGAGGCGAUAACAUGUUGAUCAAAUGCUAAUGUAAAUCUUUAGUUUCUCCCAAGGAAAUGUUAGUGGGUUCACAUACUAGUAGACUGAGCAAGUUAACAGGCUCCACUCCACAAUAAGAUCUGUACUGGUUUAAAGAAAUCCUUGAAAGACAUUGUUUCAGGGAAAUAGAUCUCAAAAUUUAAGACACGCCUUCUGCCAUCCUUUAUUCAGAAAGAGCUGAAACUAAUCUCAUUUUACGACAGGAAAUUGGCUACCGCUUUAUGAAAAAAGCAUUUCAGACAAUUAUUGCCUUUUGUCAGGCAGUGAAAACUCCUUGAAGUUUAAUCUGUUUGGUAAGAGUUUGCUCUACCAAAUGUGACUGCAAAUCCAUCCGUGUGGAAAGUUAUUCCUUGCAAUAAAGGAAUACCAAAGGACAGUGUAUGCUGAUUUUAUGUAGAUCACCCAUCAAUAGAGACAUGUACAGCUGCAUGUAGAUAGUCAAUAGGGCUUCAAAAGCAAUAUUAGAUGAUGGAAAAACUAAAAUGUCAUUGAUGCUAUAUAACAUUAAAAGGGAAAUCAAUUGACCUGGUCACGUUUUGUUAGCAAAGCGUAGAACGGUAAUUUUUGGAAUUUCCGGUGAGAUAAAAUCAGAACUUAAGUCAUGUUAUACAGUAUCAACAGGAAACUGUGACAUUGCUUCGCUAGAGUGAUUCUUAUUCAAAAGUCAAUUGAAUGCACUACCUCAUCACAUGCCGCACAUCUGGGCCUUAAGGUUUCUGCAUGGUGUCUUCCACAAAAAAUCCUCCCAUCCUUGUAACAGUAAAUUAAAUCCACCAGAAGCUCUUUGCAUACACAACAGACAAAGCAAGCAGCAUGCCAGCUUGUGUUCUGACCAGCUCUUGGAGCAAAGACAGCCAUGGACCCAGGACAGACACGAUCACCACACUGCAAGAAAGCAUUCACAUUAAUAACCUGUUACUAACAUCACAUUCAUAUCUGGUUCUCUUAAACCAACUACUUUUGAUCACUAGUCGAAUAAUGUGUCCAAAGCCCAAAUGCUCAAAACCUGUGAAAUCCAGGGUGCACAGCAUAUGAUUUCUAUGAAAAAACUAAGAUUUCCAACAGCUGCAGUCACCCAAGAGCAAAAGAAGGCAUCAGGUGCCAGUGGGUGCCAUGAGAGCACUGCCCUGGUGUCUGUUAAUUUGGAAGUAAUUUUUAUUUCACUAAUAUAUUCUUCAUGACUAAAACUUCUUUAUGUAUUAUCCCUUUAAGCCCCAGUAUCCACAUACAAAUUCUCCAGACUGAUUUCUGUAUAUUAAAUUAUCAAAGCAGUUUCCCUUUGUUGCUCAUUUUACUAAUUCUUGUAGCCUUUUCUCUUGAUUCUGUAUUGAAAUUGUUUGGAGAAAAAUGAUUUUGGUCACUCUUAGGUCUUACAGGGUUAAAAGUGACUGUUCACAAGAGUUACAGAACAUAGAAACUGAGAAGUAGUUUUUCUGCAAAUGUGUUCCAACUCCACUUGUUGAAAUGAUGACAAAUAAGACACAUUGUUCAAUUACAUCUGAAAAAAGCUUAAUUACUUUGUACCCUUUUGAACAACAGAGUAAAAGGUUUCAAAAGCGUGCAAAAAGCAAUUGGGGGAAACUGAAAUUGCCAGGAAACUUUCAGUUUUGUAUUGCACAGCAUGAAUCAAAUCAUGUCCAUCAAAAAUGUGAAUUUUUAAAUACAUUUUUUGCUCCUCAAUAUAACUCUACUGUCACGGUUGCCUGAUUUCAGCAGAACUAAGUUAAUUCUUUUUGUAUUUCACAUUACCCUCUACAAUACAUUCUCUCAAAUUUAAAACAAAGUGAAGUGUUAUUAAAGAACAGGUGGUCAAAGGGGUGAUUUUUUUUAACACAAGAUUUGUCUGAUUUCACAAUGCUGAGAAAAUAAUUUUCUGCAGAUGUGUUUCUCCCCAAAGAUAUAAAAUAACAUAUUUAUCCUGAUACAACAAUGCAUAAUUUACGGGUCAGAGAAAAAAGGACAAUUCUUACACAUUCUUACCUCUCGACAACUGUAACCUUCGGAAACAUCUGGUAUCUGUUUCACCAGCCCUCGGUCUAAUGCAUCCCGUUUCCUUAGAGCGACAAAGAUCCGUAGUUCUCUCUUUUCCUCAUCUGUCAGGCCAUUACAGAACCUUGCCUCGCUAUCAUAUGGUGGAAGUUGUACAAUAAUCUGUUUGUUACGGUAUCUUUCCCCAUGGCUGUCUACAUAGGGCACCUUUUCCUCUGGAAGUGAACUCAUGUAAGCGUGUACCUACAGUGACAAGGAGGCAGGAAACAUGUGACAAAACUGUCUGACUGUUCUUUCAGUGUGCUUAAAUUGCUUGAGCUGAAAACAAACUAUGUUAUAUGGUUUGGCUGCUUUUCAUUCAUCCAUGUCCAAACUGAACCAAAUUCUAUUGAUUGGCUUAUGCCCUUCUACGUAUAAGAGUAAAAAACCACAAAGACACAUUUGGCAGUUCUAAGGAAAUUAAGCGCACGUUUUUAAGUUGCAAAGCAAUACACGCACACUAUCUAAUGUCACUAAAUCAAUAUAAAUAGUAAUAUUAGUUUUACCAGAACUGAACCUCUAUUUCAAAGUUUCCUUGGCUAAAGAGUGCUACUUAAAUAGAAUAUUAGUCGCAUAGACUCCAUAAGUCAGGUGAUCUGAUUUAAUCUGUGAAUCACAGUCAAAUGAAAGACAAACAACAGUAUAAGUUGAAGAUACUUUUUUACGAGAACUUAGGCGAAAACUCUCAUUUUAAUUUUAUCACUGUAUCUUGUUCAAGACAAUUAACUUUCAUUAAUCGGCCCUGGUGUAAUUUACACAAUAUACAUGUAUGCUACAUACCAUGUUUUAUAUUGGUCAUCAUGCAAACAUUUGGGGUUGAUGUUGUUAAUUUUAAAGUAAAAUCUUGAUUGGCUCAUUAAGAAACGCUGCUUAGGAUUUUUUGUGGUAUUAUUAAGUGGCACAUUUUGCAGCUCACUGAUACCACAAAAAAUCCUAAGCAGCGUUUCUUAAUGAGCCAAACAAGAUUUUCCUUUAAAAUUACCGGUGACAACAUCAAACCCAAAUGUUUGCGUGAUGAACAUUGAAGAGAUUUAGACUUACAGUGUAAAACUGCAUCCCUCUUCCUUAAAAAUACUCUACUGGCCUAGAAUUUUCCUAUGGUUUUUAACCUGUACAUGUAUCUUGGAAAAUUUGCUUGGGCAUGGUUCAUUAAGAAUUUUCUUGCCUUGUAUGAAAGGUUUCAAAUUAUUACGUAUUUUCAUGGAUUUUAUUUCAUGAAACAACAAUAGAAAUGCUCUCUUUAGUCCAUACAUCUACAGUACAGCAGAUUGUAACUCGUACAUGUGACAUUGCCUCUCAAAUAAUAAACUUUUGAAAAGAAUGCUGCAGUGGAUAUGUUUGGUUUUGAUCUGAAAGGCUAUUCUCACUUUUAAAUGGUGAUAAUGUACAGUGCCUCUUAAACAAAAAUCUUUUAAAGGAAUGCUGCAGUGAAUAUGUUUGUUAUGAUCUGAAAGGAGCUUCUUAAAAGGCGAUAAUAAUGUACAGAUUCUAUAAGACCCUAUGAUUGAAAACCUUUUUUAAGACUAAAUAUUUUUGUAGAUGGAACUUAAAACUUUUGUGAAUGGAAGGGAAAAUCAUACAAUUAAAAAAAUGUUUGUCGUCUUUGCCUACCUGCUCAGCAGUUAGCCCAGGUGGUACCCAGGCAUAUUCGUCUAAAGCACAACCACUGUCAUCGUCACUUGGAAAACCAGAAUAGUUUGAGUCUCCUAAAAACACACUUCGACCUGCCCUAGCAUCAUCCAAAAUGAUGUUGUGAUCUUCCCGUGGGCAUUUGCAGUGCUGACAAAUUUUUCUGCAAUUUACAUGUAAAAGUUGAUUGUCAAUACAUGAUUAAAACAAAAAAUGGUGACAAUUUAAACAAAAAGAAAGAAAGAAAAUUAAAAUUGAUUCAUUAUGGCUCCUUUGUUUUGAAGUGGUCUUCUGCAAAUGUACAUUUAACAUCAAAACAGUGAUUAAAACACUUGCUUUGUUGCCCUACCUCUCAGAAUUGCAAGUCUGCAACUCAGUUCAAGCUUUAUGGAGAUUGUCUUUAAAUGUUUUAUUUCUGAAAAUUUAUUCUUAUAAAAAUAGAGGCGACAAAUAUAGACAUAGAAAUGUCUAUCAAUCUAAGGUUGCCAGCUCAGCAGCUUUUUGCCAAUUAGCAAUAUUGCUUGACACAUAACAUGAAAAUAACAAAAAGAGACUCAUUCACUCAAUCUAAACAAUAUCAAUUUUUUUUCAUCAAUAAUGUAACAUCUUUACAUAUUUCAAAUGAAUAAAAGAAAACUUUCUACAUUUAUAAAGUCAGAAUGAUUUUUUAAAGCACUAUUUCUUUAUGUUCUGGAGAGGAGUAAAACUAAUACAAAACAUAUGUUGAUCAACUCGUGACAUUAGCUUUCCUGUAGGAAAUGUACUGAAUUGAUUAAGAUGACAAGGUUGGACUUGCCCAAGAAAAAUGCAAAUUAAAUUUAACUCUCUCACUGUCCACAAAGCUAGACAUGUCACAAUCGUGUUGUCACACUAAAAUCUCCUUUGCACCUGUAUUUACACAAGGCUAUGAGUUGUUUCAUUUUAACAGAACAAUGUUUCCUUCCACCUCUACAGGGUGUAAAUAUUAUGCAAAACAGUAGCUGUUGUGUUGUAUUGUUAUUCUAAUUACCAGCUUAUCUCAUCUAGACUCUUCUCCCAGUCUAAAAUGUUCCAAAAAUAGUAGAUGUUUAAGGCUGUAUUCAGUAUCCAUGAGUUACUACCCGACAUUCUCAAAAGUAAUUAGAACUACAGUCAUGCAAUGUGCUUAUGCCUGAACUCUGAAUUAGCAGACAUACAAAAUCUUUUGAGCUUUGCCUUUCUGAUACACAGGGGGUACCUGCCAGUAGUCUCAUGCAGUGAACAUAACUUGUUGAUCAAUUUUCAAUUUAUUGAUCCAAAAGGGAAUUUGAGUUUGCUGUGUACUGGGUAUUGUUACAAUAAAAUGCUUCACAAAGGUGCAUCAAAAAUCAAAGCAUUUUAUGUUCAUUUUAACCAGUACCACUUUUACCUUAUUUACAGCCCUGUUUUAAACUUCCUGGCUGCAAGCAAGACUAAAAAAUGAUACUGUCAAUUCUAUAGAUGCAAAAAAAUUACCACCAUGGUUACUACCGGUUGACAAACAGUCAGGGAAAAGUCAGAAUUUUUUCAAGUCAGGGAAAAGUAUCUAUUUAGGCAGGGAAUUUAAGUUUUUUUUUUUUUUUUUUCAGGGAAAGGCCAAGGAAUUUUGAAACCAGACGUCUGAAGCAACCAUGUUACACACAAGGAAAAAACUAUGGAAUG